UACUGAUUAGAACGCAAUUUAAAUUUGAUCUCGUCGUUUGUCAAUCGAGAUACUCUUUGAUUCAAUUGAAAAUGGCAGCAGACAUAUUUAGAGAUACACAUUUACUAACUGCUUUAAUGGAAAAAACAGGAUAUAACAUAGUUCAAGAAAAUGGCCAGCGUAAAUAUGGACCACCACCAGGUUGGAUAGGCCCACCACCUCCAAAAGGAUCUGAAAUAUUCAUUGGAAAAUUACCAAGAGAUGUCUUUGAACAUGAACUUGUUCCAUUAUGUGAGCAAUUCGGUAACAUUUAUGAACUCCGUUUAAUGAUGGAAUAUAAUGGAGGAAAUCGCGGCUAUGCUUUUGUAACUUUUACAAAUAAUGAAGAUGCAUUAAAAGCCAUUAAAGGAUUGGAUGAUUACGAGAUAAGACCAAAUCGUCACAUUGGGGUUUGCAAAUCAGUUGACAAUUGUCGUCUUUUCAUCGGUGGAAUACCAAAAGAUAAGAGUAAAGAAGAAAUAUUGAAUGAAAUCAGUAAGUUUACUGAUGGUGUAUCAAAAGUUAUUCUAUACAGCAGUAUAGCGGAUAAAACAAAAAAUAGAGGAUUUGCCUUUGUGGAAUAUGAGAGCCAUCGGGCAGCUGCUAUGGCCAGGCGUAAGCUAAUAUCUAAUAGUGUGAAAUUGUUUGAUCAUGAAAUUGCUGUAGACUGGGCCCAACCUGAAGCACAAGUUGAAGAUGAAACCAUGAAAAGAUUUUUGAAAUCUACUCACAAGACAAUUUUAGAAACUAUAUAUCUGGUCAAAGUGCUUUAUGUCCGUAAUUUGUCAGCUUUAACUACAGAAGAUCAGCUUCUUCGCUUAUUUUCUAUGGGUGGUGUUUUGAGAGUUGAAAGAGUUAAAAAAAUGCGAGAUUUUGCUUUUAUUCAUUAUUCCAAGAGAGAAGAUGCUGAAAAUGCCCUGAAACAACUUGAUGGUUGUGUAUUUGAUGGUUGUACACUUGAAGUUACUUGGGCAAAACCUCCUGAUGCCCAAAAGCUAAGAUCACCAUCUGAUAAGAGAGAUUCACUUCAUAGCAUCUAUAAACAUUUAAACUAUGAUAGUUUGGAAAGCAGUUUUGAUCACCUUGGUUUAUCUCCUGACUCUAUUUUGACCAAUUAUAAUCCUCUUCUUUCGAGAGCCAAUUUGAAGUCAAGACUUCCUUUGAGCAGCAAUAUUCAAAACUUCAAGAGCCCAUUUACAGUCACCAGACCUAUUCAACUACUGAAUUAUAUUUGCCUCGAAAAUGGAUGGGGAGAACCAAUUUUUAAUGUUUCUUGUAUUGAAACUGAUCCAUCAGAGUUAUUCUUUGUUUGCUCAGUUGUUAUCCCAGGAUUCACACCAAUGGUUCGUAAAUUUAUGUCUGAUAAGGUGUGCCGAUCUCCAGAAGAGGCUAAAUAUAAUGGUGCCAGCUAUGUUUUGAAAAAACUUAGUAUCACUGAUAUUGAUGGUCCAGUUGUUCCUCCUUCACCAAGUGCUUCAAAUUCUUUUUCAAAGAAUUAUUCUAUGGGAAGUGGUUUGUUUUCUGGAAAAUCAAUUGGUAAUUUGGACUUUUGUUCUCCGCAAAAAAGUUCUCCUAUUCAACCCUUUAAGACACAAGGACAAUUCUCAUCUUUUUUGAAUGAAAGAGGGCAGGGUGAUGGAUUUAUGAAUGCUGCUCAGUCUUUAGACGGGAAUGCAUUUGAUGAUUUAGAAAAUUGUCCCCCUCUGUUGGAUCCUAAUACUCCAAUUGAGCCUAAUAGUAUUCUUGGAUUGCUAGCAUCUGUAGCUGCUGCCUCGAAUGUGGAUCUUCCUAUUUUCAACAAGCCUAAGCUCUGAAGAUCUUUGUUGAAUUUAUUGAUAAGAAUUUCGUAUAUAUAUUGAUUUCUUUUUCUUUUUGUUGUACUUAAAAUAAUUCAUGAUAUUUUAUGUGAUGCUGAAUACUUUUUGAUUGAUAAGAAAUUAUUUAGCUGUCUCAAAGAUAUAGCCAAAAUUAUAAAUUUUCUACUUACUGUUAAAGAGCCUUUAACAUUUACUUUAUAUUUGAAGACUUUGAGUUCAACAAAUUUGUUAAUGAGUUUUAUAUGAAGUGAAUUUAUAAAUCACUUUUUACUAUUUUGCUGAUAUAUAUAUAGUUUUUUGAAGUAGCGUUACUUGAUAACCAUAACUGGAGAAAUUGUUAAAUUACUAUACCAAAUUCUUAUUUUCAAAAAUGUAAUAUUUCAUUUAACAUUUUUUUCUAAUAAUUGUUACUUACUUAAUAUGCUUUGAAAACUUUUUUGAUAAUAUACUAAUGAGGUAAUGGUAUUCAAAGAAAAUUGUUGAAAGCAUCAGAUCCAUUCAUCAAAAUCUUAGUUAAUUAUUUUUUUUGUUACUCUUUUUAAAUAUAAUCAAAAUUGUGUUCUCAGCUUCUGCACUAAUUUUUUUUUAUGAUGUUGAGUUAAUAAAUGGUAAAAGAAAUUGUCUUUAAAAUCUCUGUUAAGAACACUUGUUGAAUAACAAAAUUAUUAUUGUAAUUUAAACAAAAAUAUUAAAACUCUUUGAAUUUUUUUCUAAAUUUUAGUAUUGUACUGUAUUUAAAAUGUGUACUUGUUUAUUAACAGAUUAAUUUUUGCAGUCAUAAAUUUAGUAUUGAUCAAGUUAUUCAGAACAAUUAUAUAAGGUUGUUGAUUUCAGCACUUUAUUUAAAUUUUAAAUAUCUAGAUAUAACUUGUUGCUGGUAUUAAGCUUAAGAAAAGUAUCUAAAAUUUAUAAUGAUGUUUACAAUCCCUUUAAAUUCCAUCACUUUUUCAAUAAGAACUGGAUUUAAAAAUAGAGCUUUUCAGUAUUUAAUAACUUAAAUCACCGCUCAUAAUUUCAAUAAAUUUUCAUAAUCAUUUCCAUAAUAUUUGAUUCAAAUUUUACUUACUGUUAAAAAAAAUUACUGUUUACUUUAAUUAGUUUUUCUAUUGAAAAUUCAUAAUAUUUAAUACAUGUUGACUCUUUUUCAAGUAACUCGGAUCUUCAAUUUAAAAAGAAAAAUCUAUGUAUUUUUUUUGGUUUUGUUAGUAUGAUCUAACGCAAACAAAUUUAUAUUUUUAAAAAGAAAUUUCUUAAAAUCGUAAUGAAAAUCUAAAGUUUAUUGAUAAAACCUAAUGUUAUCAUGAAUAUAUAUGCAAAUGUUAUAAAUAUGUUUGCUUGUUCGUAUGAUGCAUUUGGUUGCAAACAGGUUUAUAUAUUUUUAUAAUAAUUUCCUUUAGACUGUAAUGAAAAUCUCAAAGAAGUUGAGGAAACACAAUUUCUCUUCUUAGUUUUCUUGAAUUUAUGUGCUGAUGUUAGAAAUAUUGUGUUUAAAUUAUACUUUAAAGAAGGAAUCAAAAAGAAAUUAUUGAUUUGAUAAAGCUUCAGCGUGUUUUUUCAUAAAAGAUUUAUAUUUUAAAAAAUAAUUAUAAUAUUGUUUUUUGAAAUAUUUUAGUUUUCAGAUAAUUUAUUGAUAAUGCCAUUAAAGUUAUUAAUAUAUAUAUCCAAGUGUUAUUCAACAUUAAAUUUUUCAUGUGACUGUAUCAUACUUAUAGCAAUGAUUUUUAGAGAAGUAAUAAUAUUUCUUUAAUUUUAUAAGUUUUUUUAAUACUCAAUUUUAUUUUUAUAAAUUAUUGGACUGAAGUUGUUAUUUUUAUCAAUGACUUUAAAACACUCAGUAUAUUUCACUAUACUUUUUAAUAUGUUCUUGCAUAACAUAUUUUGUACUUUUUUAAGUAUGAAAACUGGGUAAAUGCAAGCUCACAAAAAAAAAAAAAGCUUUUUAACAUAUUUAUUGCC